GUUCUUAAACAUUUACAGUGUAAUUCGAUGCAACCCAUUUAGGCAACUUUAGAUUUUAAAAAUGAUGUAAAAUGGCUUCAUUAUUGUUUAAUGUUUAAUAUUAAUGGACCUUAUUUUUGUGACUAAAGCGAAUAGACACAUGAGUAACAGAAAAUGUGCGCCUGUUUAGCUCUCUAUAUCAGUUUGGUAAACACGAAUUCUCUCGCUAGCAAGUAGUGAUGGAGAAAUGGAGCCUUUUGAACCGAGUCAAUUGAACCAAAUGCUUCGCAAAAUGAUUCACUGUUUCGAAGCGCUCGAAUCACCGCUCGCUGCACACAUGCUGGUCAAAACAGUGUAAAUGAACGAGAACAACAAACACAAGCGUGUGUAAUGACAACUGUAACUACUAAAGUAGUUUAAUCUAUUACAAUAUUAAAUAUAAAUCCCAAAAACAAGUGUCUGUGCAAGUUUUAAGCUUAUUUUACCAUUAAUUUACCAUUAAGUCAAUUCACUCUGACUGACUCCUUUGCCACUGACUACUGAACUAGAGCUGAUUGAGACGCACCCAGAGAUUUAGUUUGGAUAUAUUGUCUUUCUGUUAACUGUCAUCUUUAACAAGACAGUGUCCAACCACAGAAAAACUGAAGCAACUGAGAUUCAUGUGACACACCAAAGAUGGCGUUUAUUAAAGAGGAGAGUGAAGAAAUGAAGAUUGAAGAAGCAUUCAGAGUGAAACAAGAAGAUACUGAGGAACAAACAGACCUAAUGGCACUGAAAGAAGAAAGUCAAGUCAAGUCAUUGAAUGAGAAGGAAGAGAAAGAUCAGUGUGAUGAACAUCAUGAUUUCAUGACUGGAGAAAAAUCCACACAACCUGAAAUCACUUCCUUACAAAAAAGAGAAGCUCAGAAAACCAUAUCUAACGAUCAUUUCAUCUGUUUAACUCAAAAACAAAACCUUAAAGCCCACAUGAGAACUCACACCAGAGAGAAGCGUUUCACCUGCCAACAGUGUGGAAAGUCUUUCUAUGGAAAAGGAAACCUGACGGACCACAAGAGAAUUCACACUGGAGAAAAACCUUUCACUUGCCAACAGUGUGGACAGAGUUUUACUCAAAAACAAAACCUUACUGCACACAUGAGAACUCACAGCGGAGAGAAGCCUUACACCUGCCAACAUUGUGGACAGAGUUUUGCUCGUAAAGAAACUCUUAAUUUCCACAUGAGAAUUCACACUGGAGAGAGACCUUUCACCUGCCAACAUUGUGGACAGAGUUUUGCUCGUAAAGAAACCCUUAAUUUCCACAUGAAAAUUCACACUGGAGAGAGACCUUUUACCUGCAAACUGUGUGGGACAAGCUUCUCAAGAAAAGAAAGUCUUAAGACUCACAUGAGAGUUCACACUGGAGAGAAGCCAUUCAUAUGUGCUCAGUGUGGAAAGAGUUUCAGAUAUAAAGUAAACCUUAAUCAGCACAUGAAGACUCAUUUCACAGACCACGUAAUAACUCACACUAAAAAGAAGCCUUACGUUUGCCUUUAUUGUGGAAAGACUUUUAUAACCAAAUCAAACCUUGAGGUUCACAUAAGGGUUCACACUGGAGAGAAGCCUUUCACCUGCCCUCAGUGUGGAAAGAGUUUCAUACAUAAAGGAAACCUUAAAAUUCACAUGAGGCUUCACACUGGAGAGAAGCCUUACACGUGUCUUCAGUGUGAGAAGAGUUUCACAUAUCAUAGAGACCUGAAACGUCAUUUGCAAACUCAUUCUUAAAAAGCAAUUGUAGUGUUCUGUCUAUAGUAAGAGGUUUCAGAAAUCACUUGCAUAUUCACUCUGGAUGAUGACCAUUUCAUUUUGAUUAGUGUAAUAAAAAUCAUCAAAACUUA